AUGUAUCAACUGAGAUUCCUACGUGUCUUCGGUCGUUAUUGUCGGUCAAUUGUUUCUCUUGAUCUUCCCAAUUCUCUUAGAUAUCUUAGCUGGGACGAAUAUCCUUUCAAAUCUUUGCCAUCAAAAUUUUCUGCUCAAGACCUUGUUGUCCUUGAUAUGUCAUCCAACGAAGUUGGGGUGCAACUUUGGAAUGAAAACCAGGCUGCAUAUCUCAGUGGUACAACAGUGCUAAAGUUGAGAGAUGCAACAAUAAAAGAAUUGAGGAAUACAUCAAUAGAGUCUGUUGUUGGUCUCACUGCAAUUAAACUGAUCAAUUGCAAAAGCCUUGUGAGUCUCCCAACGAACAUUUGGACGUUGAAAUCUCUGGAGAGCCUUGAUCUCAGUGGGUGCUCUAACUUUCAACACUUGCCAGAAAUCUCGGAGGCUAUGGAACAUCUGGUGUUUGUAAAUUUAUCAUGUACAGAUGUUAAAGAGCUGCCCCCAUUAAUUGGAAAUCUAGUUGCGCUUCAAAAUUUAGAUCUGAGUAGCACCAAAAUUAAGAGCAUACCUGCAGGCAUCAAACAAGCUACACAGCUGUCUUGCCUGUGCCUAAGGAAUUGCGAGAGCCUUGAAUUUUUACCAGAGCUCCCCCCAUUGCUGCAAUGUCUUGAAGCAGAAGGUUGCACGUCACUGAAGACAGUGUCAAGUUCAAGCACUGCAAUCACACAAGGUUGGGAAGAAUAUAUAUUUUCUCGAGGGCUUCAUGAGAAACAUAUAUUUUCUAAUUGCAGAAGGUUGGAUGAGAGUGCACGAAGCAACAUAAUGGGUGAUGCACAGCUCAAAAUUAUGCGAAUGGCAACUGCGUCAUCAAAGUUUAAAGAAGACAGAAGUGAAGAAGCAUCAUAUGAUUCAGAUAAGGAAGACAAAAUUGAAGAAAUAUCAUACGAUUCAGAUGAGGAAUUUUUUGGCAAGAGAUCUUUGGUUGCCAUUAGAUGUUUGGGCUAUGAAAUUCCAGAAUGGUUCAACCAUAAAAGUGAGGGAUGUUCAAUAAAGAUUGAGCUUCCUCGUAAUUGGUUUAGCACAGAUUUCUUGGGUUUUGCUCUAUCUCUUGUUGUUGCAAACAAGAGAGGCUUGGAUCCAUCUUUUAUUAAGUAUUUCGGGCUUGAAUGCAAGUACAACUUCAAAACUAGUAAUGGUAAAAGCCAUGAAGUCAGCCAUCCUUUGUGUAAUCCGGGAUUGCCAUGGACUAUUAGACGCGUAGAUUCACAUGAGGUGUUUGUGUGGUGGUAUAGUAAUGUCUUUGAAGAAGUUGUGGAGGGGGCUCAAAGCCCCACUGCGUUUUACAAACUUUUUACUGAGGUCAAUGUUGACUUCACCGUAAUGGAUUGUUAUGGCUAUUCGGAGGUGAAGGUGGAAAAGUGUGGGAUAUGUCUGUUGUAUGGCAAAGAUGCUGAGAUGAUAAAGCAGAGGGCUUUGUAGAUCAAGCAGAUAUCCCUAAAUUCAAAUUUUCAUUUUAUUUGA